CCUUCCGCUUCCGGUGCUUUCCCUUUCCCUCCUCCCCACCAGCCAUGGCCUCCGCCGCUGCCGCCGCCGGCCCCGGGGCGCCCGUCUCCCCAGACGAGCUGGUUCCGAAGGGCGAUGCCGACAAAACCGAGGAGGAGCUGGAGGAGGACGAUGACGACGAGCUCGACGAGACCCUGUCGGAGCGGCUGUGGGGGCUGACGGAGAUGUUCCCGGAGCGCGUCCGCUCCGCCGCGGGAGCCACGUUUGACCUCUCCGUCUUUGUGGCUCAGAAGAUGUACAGGUUUUCCCGCGCUGCCCUGUGGAUCGGGACCACCUCCUUCAUGAUCCUGGUCCUCCCGGUGGUCUUCGAGACGGAGAAGCUGCAGAUGGAGCAGCAGCAGCAGCUGCAGCAGCGGCAGAUACUUCUAGGGCCCAACACCGGGCUGUCAGGAGGAAUGCCAGGGGCUCUGCCUCCGCUCCCUGGAAAGAUCUAAAUCGUCGCCGCGCUGUUGGACCUGUCUUAGCGGGAGAAGUCUGCAGAGUCAAUAGUGAUUGAACUGCUGUCUUAUCUGGAAUGUUUUUAAACGUUGGCGCAUCGGUCUGUCUGACCCCGGUGGGGAGAUGGCGCCCCCCACGCUGUCUCGGACAGGCUUCCCAGGGCCGGUGGCGCCCUCCCCCCCGGCCUCCCUUCUUAGAGCAGAGCCCCGCAGUGCAGAUGGUUAUCCCUGCUCAGCACCUGCCCUGGCACCGCCGCUGCCGCCAGGACCCUCACCUCACCAUCCCGUGGUGUGGAGGCCCCCCCCCCACCCAAUUCACUACUGUUUUGUUCUGAAGCGUGGCGUGGGGGGGUAGGAAUGAACAAUACUGGGGUGUUGUGGGCGGUGAGAGCGGCGCUGAGGCAGCCCCGCCCGCUCUGUCUGAGGGGAGCAGCAGGGGCUGGCUCUGCACACCUACGUCUGUGUGUGUGUGAAGAAAAAAAAAAAUCAGUGCUCAUUUUUUGUAUUUAAAGAUUAAAAAAUGAUUCCACCUGAA